AUGGACCUUCUAACCCUAAUCAUCAACCCCAUGUUUCGCCGCCGGGAAUUGUUGCAGCUGACCAGAAAAUUCACUUGUCAUGUGGUUCUGUCAUGUAUCUUAUGUUACCUAGUUGCAUAUGGACUAUGUUCUAGGAAUGGUGCGCAAAAUUUACCAGAUUAUGAUGCUUGUUCAUCGUUUGAGAAAAAUUACCAUUUUGAUUCUUCAGCUGCCGCCGUUAGUGACUCUUGUUUAGGCCACAGAUUUCCAGCUGCUCACAACAGUUUUGAAAAUGUGUGUCCAAACAGUAAUUUGUUUUGCUUUCCUUCGUUGUUGGAUGGGUUUUUUCCUGACAAAGAAUCUGGUAGUCAGUACAAAAGUCCACGUUGUGUAGAAUUAGCUCAAGAUAGGUGGCAGGAGAGUAACAAAAGUUGGUCAUCUGACUUUGGUGUGUUUAGGCUACUUAGUGGAGGGGUUAUCUCGUGUUCGCUGAAUUCUAAAGAAGGAUUGAAUGAGGCACCGCCUCUUCAGACUGAGAUUGGUCAUAAAAAUGACAUUUUCUCGUGUGUAGGCUCUUUACCUAAGGUGAAGUCGCCACAUAUUUGGCCGAAGAGCUAUGAGGUGUCAAAAUCAAGUUCCUUGGAUGAUUCUAUCUUGCCUAAUAUAAAGAUUGGCCCUACUGUGUUGGACUGGGGACAAAAGUAUUUAUAUUCUUCUUCAGCAGCUUUUCUAACUGUGGAAAAUACGUGCAAUGAGAGCACAUUGCACCUCUAUGAACCGUUCAGCACUGAUUUACAGUUCUAUCCUUGUAACUUCAACGAGGUUUCGCUACAGCCUGGUGAAUCGGCUACAAUUUGUUUUGUUUUCUUCCCCAAGUGUCUCGGCUUCUCAUCAGCUAACCUGAUUUUACAGACAAGUUUGGGUGGAUUUGUAGUUGAGGCUAAAGGAUAUGCUACUGAGUCUCCUUUUGGAAUUCAACCAUUAUCAGGGUUGGAAAUAUCUCCUAGUGGAAGAUUGAGCAGGAAUUUUUCGAUUUUUAAUCCCUUCGAUGAACCACUUUACGUGGAGGAAAUAACUGCUUGGAUAUCUAUUUCUCUGGGAGAUAGUAAUUCUGUUGAAACUGAAGGAAUUUGUAGCGUAAAUGAUUUUCAAGUUUUUGAUACCCGUCUCUCCCCAACGAUUAAGGAUCGUUUGGUCGUGAAGAGUAGCCGAGUAGGUUCACCAAUAGUAGCAGUUAGGCCAAAUAGGAAGUGGGAUAUCGCUUCACAAAGCUCCGAAACACUCUUUGAGAUAGAUAUUACGGUUGGAUCGGAAGGAAAAAUCUUCGGUGCAUUUUGUUUACAUUUACUGAGAACCUCACAAGACACAUUUGAUACUAUUAUGGUUCCUAUUGAAGUCGAAGUUGAUAGUCAUUCUUCUGCCUCGGCCACUGUUGGUAAAUUUGUUUCCGCAUCUCUUGAGGGUCUCGCCACAUGUGAUAGUGGUGAAAUUGCUAUCACUAUCUCUCUAAGCAACGACGCUUCUCACAUUUUAAAUUUUGUUAAAGUUCUACAAGUCGCUGAUACAGAGCUUUUCCAUAUUAAGUACAAGGAAGGCUUACUGCUUUUCCCUGGUACCGUUACACAAGUUGGCAUUAUUUACUGUAAUCACCUGCACUUGGAUUCACCUGAAGUCACUGACAUGCGAGAGAACUGCAAAUUGUCGAUCCUAACAAAUGACUCAACUAGUCCCCUGAUUGUGAUUCCAUGUGAAGACAUAUUAUAUAUUUGUUUUGAACAUCACAGGCUUUCGUCUGCUGGUGUAGAAGAUAGGUCUAACCAUAUCGAAGCUCGCAAUAUGAGAGCAGGGUAUGUUGGCAGGAGCACGCAAUUCCCACCAAAUGUCAAGGUUUUAGAGACAUCGGUAGAUGAGCUAGUUCUUGAAAACUGGAAGUCUCAAGGCACAAGGAGUGACAUGUCUGUAUUUGAAGAGCGAGAAAUGUUAUUUCCAAUGAUUCAGGUCGGAAGUUAUGUUUCUCGGUGGAUCACCGUGAAGAAUCCGAGCGAAAACCCAGUUACCAUGCAGCUUAUCUUGAAUUCAGGAGAACUAAUUAACAACUGUAAGGGAAUACAUGAUUUAUUAAACCCUUCAUCUGGUAAUUUGGUUGUCGAUGAAGGUGCUACUCCGACGAAGUUCGGAUUCUCAGUACCAGAGAAUGCACUGACAGAGGCUAAUGUGCACCCCUACGAUUGUGUAACUUUAGGUCCAAUUAUUUUUUAUCCAUCCGAACGUUGCAGCUGGAGCGGAUCAGUGUUGGUAAGAAACAAUCUUUCAGGUGUUGAGUCGAUACCGUUACGGGGAUUCGGAGGGUUGCUUUCUCUAGCUUUGUUUGAUGAUGGGAGUUCUUCUGAGCAUGUCCAGAGUGUAGAUUUUGAUCUAAAAAUACGGAAACCGCUCAAUUUUUCUCUUCCUUACUCAUUACUUCACACGAAAGAGAUGGCUUCUGUUUGUUCGCAACCUUUAGUGAAAGAGUUAUAUGUCAAGAACACGGGAGACUUGCCGUUGGAGGUUAAAAGUAUCCGGGUUUCAGGGAGAGAAUGUGGUUUGGAUGGCUUUAAGAUUCUUCAUUGUAGGGGAUUUGCUCUUAAACCUGGGGAGUCUAUCAAACUUACGAUAUCGUAUCAAACCGAUUUUUCUGCAGCUGUGGUGCAUCGAGAUCUUGAACUUGCAUUGGAUUCUGGUAUUUUCCUGUUGCCAAUGAAGGCAAGUUUCUCGCAUGAUAUGGUAAGUAACUGCAAGAAGUCCAUGUUAUGGAUGCGAGUUAAAAAAACUCUUUUCGGGUUCCUCCUUAUUGCCUCCUUAAUAAGUUUUGUAUUUUGGUUCGUAUCGCCUCAAAGCACUGCAUUGGACUCCUUGGAUUUCUCGGGCAAGGGCGAUGAUAACUUGGUCCACACCACCGCCAUGAAUAGUGGUGGGAGAACGUCUUUGCUAGAUCACAACCAGAGAAAGAGUAAGCUCUCUGUGACUAAUGACAUAAAUCAUUUGAUGGAGGCCUCUUGCGGAAGCUAUUCAUAUGGUCAAGGAAAUCCAUCGGAACAUGGAAUAUCACAACCUCCAAUGCAGACUUCUGAGAAUCAUCGUUCAUCGGAUACUCGAGUUCUGAGCUCUGAACAAAUGAAAGCAUCCGAGACCGGUCAUCUCGUGGUCAAAACUAGUAAAGAAAAAGGGAGAAGAAGAAAGAGGAAGAAUCUCGGUGCAAAAUUAACAGCAUUGUCCGAAGUUUCAAGUAGCCAAAGUGGAAAUUCUACACCCUCAUCUCCCUUAUCACCAGCUGCGUUCGCAAUACCUAAAUAUAACUGGCCAUCAUCUUCUGAUGUGGAGCAACCCCUUGAGACUCUUAAUUCAACAACAUCGUUAGCUGCACAAAAUCCUACGAACAACCAAUGUUCUGUUUUAAAGCCUGCAUCUCCUCAAGUGUCGCAUUCGCCUUCAAAAAGCGUUGCCACUACUUCUCCCUUUCGUGCAGCCAGCGCUCCUACAUCCUCGUUGCUGUCAUCAGAAUGCAGUGUCGCUACUACUACACAUGUUCGAGCUCCUGGAUCAGAACCUGAUAACCAAAAAGAUGUUGGAGCUCAAGAGGCAGAACUGGCGGAUGAGUAUGUCUAUGAUAUUUGGGGCGAACAUUUUUCUUUACCUCACUUGUUAGUUUCGACGAAAAAUGUUACUCAAAUGAAGUGCGGUCCUGCGAACAACAUUAGUUUCGACAGCUUUUUUGUAAGGGGUCCUCAGACCCUUGUGACAAAUUCUCAAGUUGAAAAAUAA